AUGUCUUCUCGCGCUUCUGCCAAAUCACCCACUCCAGGAUCCUCAUCCUCUUCGCGCAACCAGCCUCAGAGCCUCGCGCAGGAGCCCGCCAACACUGAGGACUUCGACAUGCCGGACCUCAAGUACGACUCCGAUAAACAAGAAGCCGAGACAAAAGACAUGCAGAAAAUCGUCAACGAAAACCGACAAGCAAUGGAAAACCUCAACGAGCAACUCCAGCACGCUGGACAGGCCUACAAGAAGCUGGAAGAAGACAUCAAGGGGGACGCCAACCUCCGGAAGAUCCAGGAACUCCAGGGGGAAAUCACCACCCUCCGGGCCGCCGCCAACAUCGUCACCACGCCCGUCCACGGAGGACGACAAAAGCUCAAGCUCAGUGCGCCUGUCACCUACGACGGAACCCCCGGGACCCUCAAAGGAUUCCUGAUUCAGGUCAAAAACUACCAGAACUUUCACCAUGGAGAUUUCACCAACGAAACCGAAAAAGUAGUACACGCAGCCACCUACCUCCGAGGAAAGGCCCUCAAGUAG